GUUUAGCAAUGAUAACUGCAGCCGACCAGCAAAUUCAGAUUAAACUGAAAACAACAGAAGAACAGUAUGUGAUCGAUCAGAAUGUUUUCUCGGUUUCAAGCAACUCGUCUCAAGUUGAAUUGCAGGAUCUGAUCAAGAACCUUCUUGAAAUAUCAGAAUCAGACACUGAAUUCAGCUUCCGAGUUGGUGAUGAAAUCCUUCAAAAUACUCUCAGAAAAUACUGUGAGAGUUCCAAUUUCUCUGGUGAGGUAGCAUUGGAAAUAGAGUACCAAGAAAAGCGAAAGGCUCCCGAGGAAUCUGUUGUUAUUGAUCUAGACGAUUGGAUUGGUGGGGUGGUAGCAAUAGAUCCUCUUUGUUUUGCUGGACUGUACAAUGGACAAUUAGCAGUCAUCAGUUUAGAUGGAUCCAAUAAAACAUAUGAAAUACACAGCAAACCUAUCAAAAGCAUUGGAUAUAUCAAGCAGUACAAAGAAAAUGAAAAGCAGAAACAUUUAUUAGUGACAUCGUCUUUAGAUCAGAAUCUGAGCUUUGUUGCUGUUGAUGACACUGAAUGUACAUCUCUGUAUACCUUGAAAGGACAUACAGAGACAGUGAAUUGUUGUGCUGUAAGCCCUUCAACAGAACAGGUUGCCAGUGGUUCAUGGGAUACUCAUUUGAAGGUGUGGUCUACUUCCCUCAACGAGCCAUGUGAUAGUGACCCACGCAGCAAACGCAAGAAAAACGCUGGCUCCCCCCAAUCAGCCCUCCUCAGAACCCCUCUUUUGACAUUAGGUGGUCACACGCAAGCAGUAACAGGCGUGUGCUGGAAAGAUAACUCUCAGCUGAUAACUUCUUCUUGCGAUAUGUCUGUCAAAAUAUGGGACACUCAGCUCAUGUCAUGCGCGAGAACUAUCACAGUGACCUCGUCUCUUCAGAGUGUGGCUUGGUCAGACAGGUCACAGCUUAUUGCUACAGGUUCAUCCGACAAAUACGUCAGGUUGUUUGAUCCUCGUGGCUCAAGCGGUACAAUAGUACACAGCACACUACAGGGACAUGACAUGUGGGUGUCAUGUGUUAAGUGGUCACCUACCAGUGAUGUGGAGAUGGUAUCCGGCUCGUACGAUGGCAGGACUCUCUUGUGGGAUAUCAGGAGCCCUAGGUCUCAUCUUGCUGUUAUAAGUACCCACGAAGACAAAGUACUGUGCUGUGAUUGGUUGGAAGGGCGUGUUAUCAGUGGUGGUGCGGACUCAAAACUUCACAUCUCUAACCUUUAAAUACAGCACUUUCUGUUUCACUUUCUGUUUCACUUUCUGUUUCACUUUCUCUAACCUUGGCGUUUAGAUACAUGAUUUGCACUGAAAUAAUUGGAUCUGUUUUGGAGUUUACCAGAUUGGAGUCGUGGGACAGAUUGGUUAUUUGGUAAAUUUGACCUGUUGAUCUUGUGUUACUGUGCAAUCUAAUUGUGCGGAAUUUUUUCAAAGAUUAAUAAUGUUUGACAGUUCAGCUUUAGGGGUGAAUUUUUAUGGUUUUUAUUUUGUUCAUUAACUUAUUACCCAUUUUAACUUCAUUUAACUUUA